AUGUCAGCAACACACAGGACGCUACCAGUCUGCUCUCUGGCCAGCCUGCUGGAAUGGUUUUUUCAAGUGGAGCAGGAAUUCCUCCUCAGGAAUAUCACCACCCAGACCACUAAAUUCCGCCUGCUGGUCACUAACCUCCCGUCAGAACUCAUCGGUGCGCCACUUAUGACGAGCUUAAGGAGGCCAUUCUUAGAAAUCCUUCACCACUUCCAGCGCCUCCUCACCGGCACCGGCACGACGCUCCCACCAAACGUCAUGCGCUCCCUCUUCCUCAAACGGCUGCCCGCUGAUAUCCAACAAAUUCUGCUGGUGUCAGACGCCCCAUUGGAGCACCUUGCCCUAAAAGCCGACGCGAUGCUCGCAGCUAGGGCACACACACCGUCAAAAGCAACAGUGUCUGCCACAUCCACCACCUCCGCCGUGACGUUGGGAUCCCUUGCAGCCCACGUCGCCACACUAUCCGAGGCUGUGCAGAAGAUAUCCACACAGGAACACUCUCGCUCCCGGCCUCGCUUUCGCACACCUUCGCCGCCACAUAGUGACCGGGACUUCAGUCGCUCUCUUCCGCCCAACCGCCAGCCUUGCUUUCGCAUUCCUGCACCACCGCUCAAAGAUUGGAGGGUACCGCGGAAACUAGGUGCGCCUGUCUUUCGCGGACCUCGAAGGCGUUUAUUGUAUGUUCGAGAUACCUCCUCCUCCCUAUGUUUCCUCGUCGACACAGGGGCCAAGGUCAGCCUCCUCCCGGCCUCCCACAGGGAUAAACGCUUCCCCUCCUCCCGCACUCUGGAAGCUGCCAACACAUCGCCCAUCAACACCUACGGCGAGCAUUAG